ACAAGAGGCAUUUAUACCGAGAAGAGCAGACAAGGAAGAGCGAACAACUGAGUAAAAUAUGUUUUUUUAAACAUAUUUUAUUUACACAAAAACGCACAAUGGAUGCUUAGAAAUUAACGAGAUUUAUUUUUUUUGUAUACGCAAGGGUUUUUUUUUUUUCUUCAUUUUUCUUUUGGAUAGCAGGAUAUUUAAAUAAUUCCCGAAAAGGAUGAAGGAUUUAACAGCCCAGAGUAACGAAGCCUUGAAAUACCUGAAACAGCUUAACCUGCAUCUAGAACAGGAGACGAAUUUCCUGCCCAAGCAAACUGGAUUAAACCUGAUUGAGUCCGCUCCAGAGAAUGACAACUUUGUCUCAGCAAAACGCAGAGAUGCCAAAGUUGAAGAUCUCUGGAGCUUGACGAACUUUUUUGGGUUUAGUACGGAGACCUUUGCCCUCGCUGUAAAUCUGCUGGAUAGGUUUUUAGCAAUGAUGAAGGUGCAGCCCAAACACUUGUCCUGCAUUGGAGUCUGUUGCUUCAACAUUGCAGCUAAAGUGGUGGAAGAGGAGUGUAAUAUUCCGCCAACCCAUGACAUAAUCCGCAUCAGUCAGUGCAAAUGCACUGUUUCAGACCUCAAAAGAAUGGAGAAAAUUAUUUCCGAAAAACUGAAGUUUCAGUUUAAAGCUAUAACUGCCUUAACCUUUUUGCACUUGUACCACGCUGUUGCACUUUCACAUACCUCAGAAAGAAAGGACAUUCUGAAUCUCGACAAACUUGAAGCCCAGCUAAAAGCCUGCUAUUGUCGAUUCAUGUUCUCUAAGGCAAAACCAUCAGUAUUAGCUCUGUCUCUCCUCACUCUGGAGAUUGAAUCCCUGAAGUCCCGAGACUUGUGUGAAAUUGCACAGUGUGUUCAGAAACAUUCAAGGAUUGUUGAUGAAGAUUUCCUGUACUGGAGAGAGUUGGUAUCUAAGUGUUUGGCAGAAUAUUCUUCGCCUGAAUGUAGCAAACCUGAUCACAAGAAAUUGGUGUGGAUCGUUUCCAGGCGAACAGCUCAGAGUCUGCACAGCAGUUACUGCUGUAUUCCAGAGCUGCCGACAAUUCCUGAGGGAGGCUGGGACGAGAGUGAAAGUGAGGACUCGUGUGAAGACAUGAGCUGUGGAGAGGAGAGUCUGAGCAGCUCCCCAAUGAGUCAUCUAGAGGGGGCUUUCUUCCCAGAAGAUCUCCGUCACAAACCCAAGUGGCUUUCAGUACAGUAGCAACCGUGAAUCUUGUUUUAGACUGAGGGGGUCUUAAUACAACAUGUCAUUGCUGUUGAUUCCACACCAGUCUUCACUGGAGUUCUGCUCACAUAAUAUCGGGCUAAACCAAGUGCCUGUGGGACAUGUACAUUUUCUAUAUGUGGUUGUUCACAGUUUUGACAUGCUGCAGUAAGAAAUAAUUUACAGGUUGCAUUUAUUUGGCAGCUGACUAUUAUGCUAGAAUUUUAAGUGUAGCGGUUUGUGAAAGUUUGAUAACCAGUUAGUAGGAAUACAGUUUUGAUUGUUGAUUAAUUAGUUCUGUUUGUACUUUUCACAUUCCAGAAGAUAAAGCACAAAGCAGCAGUAUCAGUACUUGCUAUGAUGCCAAGUACAUCAUUCUUGUAUUCCUCAUUUGAAAAACCAAGACAGCUGAAUAUCUGGGAAAAUGCCAAAACAGUUAUUUUGCACAUUAUUUUUUAUCUUUCAAGAUGAGAGUAGCUUGCAGGAACAAAAAAGGGGUUAUUCUAGCCUCUUAAGAUGAAGAGUUGUAAAUAAACUCACUGGUAAAAUAUCAGUGCCUAUGUAAAGGCAAAAACACAACACCAGCCAGCUUAGCUUCCAUGAAAUUCACUGUUUGAGGUGCAGAAUGGCUAUGAAGCAUCUAUGGUGCUACAGUGUGUAUUGUGCUUUACUGCAGACUUUUCUGAAUUGCUCUGAAUUUAGUUUUGUUAUUCUUUGAGAUUAUAGUGCAUGAUUUUUUUUUUUGUUGUUGUUAAAAUUACUUUGUGCCAACUUAAAGUAUGCAUAAAAGAGUUUACAUGGAAGAGUAAAGAGUAUGUUGUAUGUGGUAAGAUCUGAUUAGUUUCAAAUGUGAGUGGUGUCAGGUUUGGCUUGUAUGAACAUUUGUUGUAAGUUGACUGAUACUGUGUGUAAAGCUAACUUUAUAAAAAGAAAAAAAAAAUACAAAAUGUAUAAAUUGUAAAAUGCUAAAAACUGUAUGUAUAAAAAAAACUUGUGUUAAAAUGUACAGAAAAUUGCACACGUUUAUAUAUGAAGUUAUUUAAAAUGUAAAAUGUUCAUUAGAAAUGUAGCAUUUUGUAUAAUUGCCUGUAGAUAUUAACUUAUUGUUCAUAGUUACAAAUAUUGUAAAUUUAGUUGUCAUGAUUUUGAACAUUUUGCAAGAAUCUCAGGCAAAUAAAAAAUACUUUCUUUUUUAU